CACUUCUCUAAUACGUAUAGAGCGGGUGGGACCGCUCUAUACGCAAACACUGCAAAAAAGUAGGAAGAAGUAGAUAGGAGGAGUCAGCAGCAUAUCGGUAUAAAAAUAAGAUCACUUUGGCCUCAAAUAGUUCAGUACAACCAUAAAGAAACAUUGACACUUAACUGAUUUCCGUUUUCCUGGGAAACUUGGUUGAUGAUGACAUCUGGCAUGGGAAGGACUGAUACUCGAGAGAUGAGUGUCCGAAGAAUUCAGCACCAGAAAUAUAAAACAUUACAAAGAGGAUUUAAGAUACCGGCCAGUCCUUGCUCAAUUCCUACAAAAUACCAGACAAUAUUUAUCCAGGAUUCUGAAAAGAAAGGUUUCAGUUCAAGAACACAAAGGUUUUCAUAUGGUCUUACCCAGAACGAAAACCCAGGCCCAGGAUCAUAUGAGGUUGGUCAACAGCUUACAGACAAUGUCUCAUUUUCAAAGAAAGGAACUGGAGGAUUUCCAUCAAAGGUGUCUCGAACUUCCCGUUUUAAAAUAGCACAGAGUCCAGCACCUAAUGCUUACUACAUUCAGGAUGCAUUGUUUUCCAAGAAGGAUUUCAGCAACAGCUACUCUAGUAUGUUUCAUCACUCCAUUGCCACAGCAGUGAGCGAUAACAAAAAUAACACACCAGCGCCAAAUAAAUAUGACGCUUGCAUACAUUAUUCCCAUCCCAAUAACAAUGUAUGUGCACGUGCUGCUUUUUCCUCAAAAACUAGAAGGGAACUUGUGACAUUAGACUCUUUGAAAGGACCUUCCCCGUGCCAUUAUACAGUAAAGGAUUCCUUUGUGAAACCAUCUCCAACAACCUUAGUUUCAUGUUUUAAAUCAAAAACAUCUAGGGACACAUUGAACUUGACCUCAGAUAAUCCUGGACCUGCAAGUUACAACCCAUAUGGAUCUUUGGAACUACAAAAAAAGAUUGUCUUCCCGAGGAAACAUUACUUGUGUUUCUCUGCUCCAGCUGUGUCACUUCCCAAAGCACCAUCUCCUCCAGGGCCUGGGCAGUAUGAGAUUGUAGACUAUGAAGGACCUCCUAGACAAUAUAUUUCCAGUGCUGUUUUUCUGUCUAACACAAGUCGGUGGACUGGAGAUGUUUCAGGGGGAGAAUUACCUGGACCUGGUUCAUACUGUCCGGAAUUACCCGUAAAACAGUCAUUUCUCAGCAACAGUGGCAAAAAAUGGAUUCCAGCCUGAAAGUUUCAGCAAGCAUUCAUAAUAAUUUAAAAAAAUAAACUUGUAUUUCAGCAAUUCCACAAA